AUGUGGCUGGUCUUGGAUAUAAUUCGACUCGUCACCAUUUUCCUUACUUUGGUGUCAGGAGUGACUCUGAACUCCUACAUAGUCGCCGUGUAUGUCCGGGAAUGGAGGAGGAAAAAAGGCUUCAAUGUAACCGACAAAAUCUUCCUCUUUCGGGCUCUCACCGGGAUCGUCUACCAAUGUUCUUGCACCGUUGAUAAUCUGAUAUUCUUAUUUGUGUCUCUCCCAUCACAUAACAAUGGGCGGAAUAUAUAUACCUUUGUUUUUUAUAUCUUUCUGACGUAUGAGAGCAUCUGGAACAUUGCUUGGGUGUCCCUCUAUUACUGCCUGAAACUGGUCAAGUGUUCUCACUGCAUUUUCCUUCAACUAAAGAGAAGAUUGUCCUCUUCUAUCACCCAGAUCCUCAUCAUCUCUUUGGUGGGAUUAUUCUUCACAACUCUUCCCCUUCAUUGGACCUUACAUUUUCAUUACAAUAACGUGACCAAUAAUCCAUAUGGAUUUCAUAAUUCCAUAGAAAUUGAUGUCCGUUACGUUCCCCUCUGUAUGGUUCUUGGUUCUCUUCUCCCGUUUCUCAUCAGCUUCCUCUGCAUUGGGCUCAGUGUGAAGUCUCUCCUGAGUCAUGUCCACCAGAUCCGUCACCAUUCAUCUCAGUUCAGCUCAUCUCCACAACUAGAGGGUCACCUCCGAGCCGUCAGGACCAUGAUCCUCCAGGUCUGCUUUUGCCUGGCUCUGUAUCUGGCUGUCUUCAGCCUUCUCCACCUCUCUCCAUACUUAGGAUUAGCUGUGAGAAUAUUUAUUUUCAUAUUCAUUGCAAGCUACCCUUCUUCUCUGGCCGUCAUCUCAAUACAGGGGAACCCCAAGUUAAGAAAGAGACCCCCAACUUAG